AUUUAACGUAAUGAAUAAAUUAUAAACCAUUCCCACUAUUCUCACUAGAACUCAAGUGAUGUAAAUGGUUUGAAUCUAAGUGUCUAUGCCCCCUGAAACCAGGGGGUCACUACCAGUGAUGGGAUACAAUGUGGAGGAUCACGAGUGUUCUACAAACAGCACGGAAGACUGCAUGUUUGAUCUUGUCAAUGGAUCCUGUCUGACUGGAAUGGGAGCAGUGGGAUUCUUAAUGAGCACUGCGGCUAUUAUCUGUAUGCAUUUCAACAUCAUAAAGCUUCCAGGAUCUAAGAAGAUAUUUCUGUUAAACGUAGCUGUGAACGAUGCUCUGAUAGGGCUGGUAGCAGUACCCAGGGGACUGGGCAUCAUCUCUCAGCACUUUAUGGGGGUUAGUGACGAUGGAACAGUGUCGUGGUACUGCUACUUCUUUCCGUUUGGUGCUUACUUUGUUUGGGACUCCAUUAUGUUUACUCUGCUGCCACUGACGGUGGAUAGGUAUAUCGCCCUGGUUUUUCCCACGAGGUACAGAGAGCUGAUGACCCCGAAAGUUAGCAAAGCAAUGGUUAUACUAUCCUGGCUUCCUGCAGCAAUAUCUCAUCUUCUUUGUGAUCCGAUCAGAUACGCAGUUGGGGCCAUGGAGUUGAGAUAUCAGGCAUCCUACAACCGGUGCGUGUUUGACGUGAACCCCAUCCUACCAAUCAUGUUUCUGGUGGUCCCUCUCAUUGCUAUGGCUCUCAUGUAUCUUAUCAUUGGGAUAUCAAUCGUGAGAAACAAGAUAUCCGUGGGACGACUAUUGAUCACAACCACUGCUAUUCUACUGACCGGUGUAAUCGUGGUGCUACCCACGGUUUUGAUGGUCACAGCAAACGUGAAGCUCUCUUAUAAAGUAGCCAAGAUAUUCACUGUUACUCUAUAUCAUAGUAAUUGCAUCUUCAACCCAAUCAUAUAUUACUGUGCCAAUCCAAGAAUAGCGCCACAAAUCCAAGAGCAAGCCACCACGAGAACUCGGAGCAUGAAAAGGCAGUUAACAAGAACCUUGACAAGGACAGUAAGCGGCUUUAAUCUAGUGACCUAUACUACUGUCGAUUCUGAAAACAAGAACCAACGUUCUUCAACUUCUAAAUAAAGGAGAUAUAUCCUGGAAUUAUUUGAUUCCAGAAAUUUGUAUAUAUAUAAUAAUAUAUGAAUAUUCUUAAAAAUGCGUUUAAAUAUAAUUUUCUUUUAUUUGCGAAAGUUUAAAUCUAUCAUAAUACUGCAGCACUGAUAAAAUUUCAGACUCGAACUACAACUUAUUCACAUUUGAUAAUAUACAAUUCGUUUCUAUCUUUUAACCAAAAUUCAAUCUAAAUAAUGAUAAGGGGUCGUCCGUGUGAUUUAUUAGCUGUUGCAUAUGAACAAUCUGGACAUUUAAAUGGUUUCUCUCCCGAGUGAAUUGUAACGUUAUAUAAUUGAAGAUUUGCACGGAUCUUUUCUUGAGGAUCACAAUUUUCCAAAGGAAUGCAAGCACUGUCCAAUCUAUUCCUGACUCCAGAUCCUAGACUAAUAUUAUUAAUACUAUCAUUUUGAAAUUCAACA